UCCAACGGCUCGACAGCGUGCGACACUGCGCCCGCCCUCCUCGAACACGUGUUGCAAGAAAAAACGAACGAAUAUUUAAACGAUUGUGAAGGAAGUCAAAAAACGCACGCGCGUUUUUUAUUUUUUGUUUUCUUGUUCGCAAAAUAGUGUGGACGCAUCUGUGUAGUUCUUCUCUGCCUCCUCGUGGUUGAAGCUUGUGAGUUACCCGUCUGAUGUUAACACAACGAUACCGAUCAAGAAUUCCGGUUACAAAACGGAGUGGGUGUUUUCGAUCAGGAACUGACCAUUAACAGUCCUAACAGAUUAGGCUGACGAUACUGAUACGAGGAUAUAUUAAAAUUACGACACGCUUUGAACUUUUAACUUGUAAACAUGAGCGACAGUUCGCAAAAUCAUCCUUACCGUAUGCGUAAAAUCAAAGUCAGGAAACAGGGAAAAUUCAUACGAAAUGAGUAAGGGUCGACCGUUCUCCUUCAACUUUGAAAAUCUAAGAAACAAUGUCAGUAUGUGAAAAAUGUGUGAAAUGUUUCUGUGAAAAACCAUUCCCUUCUCUCAUUUUUUGAGGGCAAAAAAAGUACAAGAAAUUGAAAUUGGCCCGAAAAAUUUAAAAACAGAGGGACACAGUUGAUUUUAAAAUAUACUUCUGGUUAAGUUGAAGUGAAUGUCUUUUGAUGACAAGUUCGUGGUCAAAGCGACGUUCUGGAAGAAUUUACGAGUAAUUACCUCAAGCCCACGCGGUGAAGCCCAUCGCCACGGGUGAAACAGUGAGUGCCUGGAGAGUCAAAACGCCUUCACUCCGCGCUCUCGGCUGAGGAGAAAGCAGCGUUGAAAAACAAUCCCACGCUUUCGAAGACCAUAAAAUGGGCGGCCGAGUCGCCGGGAAAGCCGGCGGAAAUUACUAUUCCGGAGGCAACAGCAGCGCGAGUUUCUCGGGCAUCAACGAGGAGAUCAUAUGGAUCAGCAUUGGGAUGAGCAUCGCCAUUGUCAUCCUCAUCACGAUCGGGCUUUGUAUCAUCAUAAGAGAGAAGUGCAAAAAGAGGCACGCCCACUUCAUCCACGUCUAGGUCUCUUCCAAAAUGUCUCGGAGACGACAACUUGUAAAAUGCUUACCGCGAAGAGAGCGUGUAUACUUUUUUUUUUCAAAAAAAAUGAGAACAUUUUCCCGAGGAUCAUCCAUCAACGAGGAUGAAUAAUAAGAUCGUUCGUCAAUCAAAACGUAUGAAUUAUGAAACGUCUAUGAUUAUUAAAAAUCAAUGAUCAGUGAAAGGCAUAUCGACGGUGUAAUUCGGCAAUCACGUGACUCGGUUCGCGACGUCGCGUCGUAGACUUCCUGUCAUACUUUAUUUUUUAAACAGAAAACUACUCGACGGCAAUUCUUUUAAAACUGCUGUGAUUUUUCUUCUCUGUGCGAAGAAAAUUCUGCAAAAACUCCAGGGAAUGAUGUUGAUUUGUUCUCCUCUAAAAAAAUAUCAUAGAGGCGGAGAUUUUCGGACACCUCAAACGAGAUAUGUGAUUGCGGACUUGCGCCGUCGAUAUUUUAACUUAAAUCUGAAGUGGGUCUUCCUAACGACGAAAUUCUUUAGUUUAAAAUGUGUGUUGUGUUAUUAUUAUUUUCAAGGGUGGGAAUCCGGGCAUUUCGACUCAUAUGGAGAACAUUCGCUCCUAGUGUUGGCUUGACGCAGCGCCACCGGGCGCCUUCAAAAAAGAGAGAUACCACCGGGGGUUACCGCUAUGACUGAAUAGUUGCGGCUCGUGUUUGAUUCGGAGACUCCUCGCUCCGAAGAGCAGUUUAGUUUUUUGGGUUUUUUUUUGAAAAUUCAAGACUUAAAACUGCAUUUUAGUCCGACAAUUUUCCCCCCUCAAAAAUUACAGAUUCCAAUUUCAAAUAACUUUCUGAAACAUUAUAUUUCAGAGACCCCGCGUGCACUAACAAUCGGAAGAAUGUAAUUGGUCGAGGACAAGGAUAAGUUCAGAACAGAAAGAAUAUAUCUUACAGACGCCCUGACGCACAAUCUUCCCUUUAGAAUAUAAGUUCUGAUAUGUCUCAUCUCAAAAAUCACCACUCAGAUACGCUUGGCGAUGUCGCACGAACAUGGAGCUGAGCCAUUGGUUUAGCAAUCCUGCCGAAUUUGCAAGAACUCGCCCAGCAAAGUAACUUCAUCAGUCAUCAUUUGACAAAUUUUAUUUGAUGUUAUUCUCAACAAAUUGCUCAUCCAUCAUCAUGAAGUGUAAAGUAUCGUUGACCUCUAAAUUUAAAUUUCUCCUCCGAUUGUUAUUGCAGGGUUUCUAAAAUAGGAGAGGCUUGGAGGGCAAGAUGCACACGCAAAAAAAAUAGUCGGUGCUGAUGAUAGAACCUCCUGUUCACAGGGCUCUUGCACUUUCUUUGUUAUGCGUACGGAACUUUUCUGUUGUGAGAACAGAACUUCGGUCGUGAGCACAGAGAACACUGUCCUUAUAACGGAAAGCUCUGUGGCUUUAACAAAGAAAGCGUUUGAACCCUGUGAACAGAACUAAUUUGUUCAGUGCUUAAGUGCAGUUUUUGAAAAAAUUGAGGUAUUAAUGAUUUCAAGUAAAACUAAUCUUAAUACAUAUUCUGUGAAAAAUUCGCUCCCAAAUUUCAAUUUUAAGCACGAACAAGUCAGUUUGAACUUUCUCUCCGCCGUAAGGAUCCGUGAAAUUUCGAAGCUUCAAACGCGUUUUUCUCGACACAGCAGAACCUGCACUUAUGCGCCUUGUCCUCUAAGCCGCUGAAACAGUCAUUUAUUCUUUAAAAAUGAUGAUGAUUAUUAAUUUAAAUGAAGCAUUUUUAAUUAUAAAAGGAACAAAAGAAGAUCAAAAUCAAAAAUUAAGAAAAUUAUAUAUUCGCAUUUAUGCCAUAUGUACAACACACAACAACACAAUAUGUUAACACAUUGUAACAAUACAAUGUUAGGUAACAAGAUAUUCUGGAUCAUUUAUAUAAAUAAAGAAGUAGUGUAUCUCUCAAUUACAGAAAAUAUUCUUCAUGUAAUUUUAACUUUGAUCAUAAUAAUUAUAAUUGAAACUAACGAUACAUUGUUACAUACAUACACAAUACACAGUUGUACAAUACAUUGUUGUAUUGUCUUUAUUUUGGAAAUCAAUGCUAUACUUUCCGUUGAAUGAUUACUGAGUAACAAUUUGAGGUGAAUACUUAGCCAAGCGAGUUUUUGCAACUUUUGUCAGGUUUGAUUAUUCAACUUUUACGGUCAUCGGUCAACAUUAGGCCAACCUGAGCGUUGCCUACUUAAAGUAACCUAAAUACAAAAGAGAGGAUAGCAAAGAGAGGUCUUUAAAUUAUAUUGCCUCGGUGCUGAGCACUUUGCCGGCAAGUUUUUGCGAAUUUUUACGAAGGGUUUUCUACUAAAUAAAUUUCUCAACACUUUAGUCUUCGGUCAUUCUUGAGCGGAUCAAAGCGUUAACUAUGACUACUGAACGUAACUUUCACACCAUUGGAUAGGAAAGCGAAGGGGGGGGGUGGUCAAGGGCCAUUCACCUUUCACGAGGGUUUACACUGAAAAAAAAAAGAUUGGUAGAAUUUACUAUUCCUUACCGCUGUAUUUCACACAGCGUGUAUUCAAAGUCGAUUAUACCAGAGUGAAUGGUCACCUGUACCAGUUAACGUUUACCUUUUUUCUGGCAGAAUUGACUCUGUAUUAACGCUGUGUGAAAUACAGCGUGAAGGAAUGGUAAAUUCUUCUUAUCUUUUUUUUCCAGUGCACUGUCGUGAAAGGUGAAAGUUAAUAUUGAACGGCUCCAUAAAAUGACAAUUUUUCAAGAGGAGCCAUCAACCCUUCCAGACCAGGUCCCCUAUGUAUAACCUAAUUCUCCCUCUAUACACGCCCUUUGCCCCUAGAUACCUGUGACGCGAUUUUGAGUUUGUAAGAUCUUCUAGAUCUCUGUUUCUGCAGAUGAUCAAGCAUAAUAAAGUGAAGAUAACUUAUGUACGUGAUACAUUAAGCUCACUUGUUAUCAUUAAGUUUCUAUAACGUUAGCUCACUUGCUAUGAAUAAGUUUCUAUAAUGUUGAACAAUAGAGGAUGGAAAAUAACUCCGAAUACAUAAUGUGUGUAAAAUUUCAAAUCAGAUUUUUUCUAUUCUCUUGCUCUUCCAAGGCAAAAUUUGCUAUAAGGAAUUUGGAAGAUUUCAAAUUAAUUUCGAAAAUAAGGCGAAAAGAUAUAGGUAUGAUUGAGGAAGAAGCAUGAUAAUGAGUUAAGUGUGCGUUCAAAUUAUCUAAUUUAAUAUUAGCGGAAAGCGCAGCCAAUCAAAAUCUCGCAGGAGAUAAAUCAAAACAAGAAAUUUAUCAUUUAAAAAAAGUCUUAUCAAGAGAAGUAUUAAUAGUUUAAGUAGAUUGAACACCUAAGUUAGUGAGUGUUUGUCUUGAGAGGAUUAUGAUUACUUGCUUUUUCAGAUUUUCAGAUCCUAGAAAAAGAAAAGUAUUCGUAUUCACACCAAAAUGUUCGUUA